AACUUAACUUUUAUCACAUAUUUUACCUAUGAAUUAAUAUUGUUGUAUUUGUCUGCAGCGUUUUAAAGUCCAAUCCGUGAAAAAUACUGUCUGACUUUGAACCUUUCUGUUUCUAGGUAUCUGAAAAAAGUGAAAUAAUUAAAACCGAAUCUUCUGCGAACCAUAAUUCUGACAUUUUCCAUGAACUGGAGUCCUGUCUCUUCUUGUCCGUUGUCACGUCAGGAUGCCUCAGGUGAAAUGGCAGAGAAUGAAAAGGCUUGCAGGGUGUUUUGCAAUGCAGCAGUUAACUGCAGGGCUGAGGAAGAGGAGCGUGGAGCAGAGCUGCUGAGGAAGCACUGAGGAACUGCUAGGAGGACGAAGACUAUCAGAGGGUGACUGUACUUUCUGAAACUCCUGUCCGUCUGGAACCACCUGCAAAAAUGUUCUCCAGGAAGAAGAGCAAGGAAAACAUAGAGUUGGGGGAACCUGCGGAGAGUGUAAACCUUUUAAACCAACCACCGGAAGAGCGAAAGGAAAAAAAGAGGAGGGCUGAGCGUUUCCUCAAUGAAAUGGCUCAGUGGAACGACUUUGUUCUUAUUGGUAAAAAGGACCUAAAGGAUCAACAGGAAGAUUUCAUCAAGAAACUGAAAGCAGAAGAGCUUGUAGUUGAGGAAGAAGAGGAUGAUGGCAACAUUUAUUAUGGACUGAGAGCAAACAAAGAGUUGAUGAACGCUAAACUUUGCCUCCCUAAAGACUCUUCCAUGAACAAGAGUGACGAUGUGGAGAGCAAACGUCCAGUAACCAGGAUCCUAAUUGUUGAAUCCAUUCUCAAUGAGACAAAGAUAGACACAGGAGAAGGUCUGGAGGAUCUGAUGAAAAAUGGCGUGUUUGAAAAACACUUCUGCUUGUAUGAGGAAGAGCGAAAGAAUAAAAAGAAGUGGGCUAAGCGUUUCCUCAAAGAAAUGGCUCAGUGGAACGACUUUGUUCUUAUUGGUAAAAAGGACCUAAAGGAUCAACAGGAAGCUUUCAUCAAGAAACUGAAAGAAGAAGAGCUUGUAGUUGAGGAAGAAGAGAAGGAUGACAACAUUUAUUAUGGACUGAGAGCUAACAAAGAGUUGAUGAACGCUAAACUUUGCCUCCCCAAAGACUCUUCCAUGAACAAGAGUGACGAUGUGGAGAGCAAACGUCCAGCAACCAGGAUCAGGAUUGUUGAUUCCAUUCUCAAUGAGACAAAGAUAGACACAGGAGAUGAUCUUGAGGAUCUGAUCAAGAAAGGCGUGUUUGAAACCAAGUUCUGCUUGUAUGAGGAAGAGCGAAAGGAUAAAAAGAAGUGGGCUAAGCGUUUCCUCAAUGAAAUGGCUCAGAGGAACGACUUUGUUCUUAUUGGUAAAAAGGACCUAAAGGAUCAACAGGAAGAUUUCAUCAAGAAACUGAAAGAAGAACCGAUUGAAGUUGAGGAAGAAGAGGAGGAUGGCAACAUUUAUUAUGGACUGCGAGCUUACAAAGAGUUGAUAAACGAUGAUUUUUGCCUCCCUAAAGACCCUUCCAUGAACAAGGGUGACGAUGUGGAGAGCAAAUGUCCAGCAACCAGGAUCAUAAUUGUUGAAUCCUUUCUCAAUAAGACAAAGAUAGACACAGGAGAAGGUCUGGAGGAUCUGAUGGAGAAAGGCGUCUUUAAAACCAAGUUCUGCUUGUAUGAGGAAGAGCGAAAGGAUAAAAAGAAGUGGGCUAAGCGUUUCCUCAAAGAAAUGGCUCAGAGGAACAACUACAUUCUUGUGGGUAAAAAGGACAAAAAGGAUCAACAGGUAGAUUUCAUCAAGAAGCUGAAAGAAAAACAGAUUGAAGUUGAGGAAAAAGAGCUUGAUGGUUCAAUAUAUUAUGGCCUACGAUCUACAGAAGAGAAGCCGAAGGCUGAUCUGUGCUUCUCCGAAGAAGAUUACGUAAAUGAGAAGUUAAAAUGGCUGGCAAUGAGCUACCUUCAUGUUGCAUUUACUCUCGACAUGACAUGGACAGGAGAUCGUCUGGAGUUUCUGACAGAUCUGAUGAAGAAAGGCGUGUUUGAAACCAAGUUCUACUUGCAUGAGGAUGAACGAAAGGAUGAAAAGAGGAGGCCUAAUAGUCUCCCCAAUAAAAUGGAAGAGCGAAAGGAUAAAAAGAGGAGGGCUAAGCGUUUCCUCAAUGAAAUGGCUCAGUGGAACGACUUUGUUCUUGUGGGUAAAAAGGACCAAAAGGAUCAACAGGAAGCUUUCAUCGGGAAACUGAGAGAAAAAAAGAUUAAAGCUGAUAAAAAAGAGCUUGAUGGUUCAAUAUUUUAUGGCCAACGAGCUAAAGAGGAGCUGAAGGAUGAUCUGUGCCUCUCCGAAGAGCCUAGCACGAGCAAGAGUGACGAUGUGAAGAGCAAACGUCCAGUAACCAGGAUCAUAAUUGUUGAUUCCAUUCUCAAAGAGACAAAGAUAGACACAGGAGAUGGUCUGGAGGAUCUGAUGAAGAAAGGCGUGUUUGAAAUCAAGUUCUGCUUGUAUGAGGAAAAAGAAAAGGUAAAACAGAGGGAGGCUAAGCGUGUUCUCAAUGAAAUGGCUCAGAAGAACGACUACGUUCUUCGUGGUGAAAAGGACAAAAAGAAGGAACAGGAAGUUUUCAUCAAGAAACUGAAAGAAGAACAGAUUGAAGUUGAGGAAAAAGUGAGGGAUGGCAACAUUUUUUAUGGACUGCGAGUUAAAAAAAAGGAGGUAAAGGAGAAACAAAGCAAGGAAAAUGUGACAGAAAGCAACACCUUUGCAACCAGUCCCAGACUUGAAUCCAUUCUCAAUGAGACAGAGAUAAACACAGGAGAUGAUCUGGAUGCUCUGAUUGAGAAAGGCGUGUUUGAAAAAAAGUUCUGCUUGUAUGAGCAAGAGCGAAAGGCUAAAAUGAGGAGGGCUCAGUGUUUCCUCAAUGAAAUGGCUCAGAGGAACGACUUCGUUCUUCGUGGUGAAAAGGACCUAAAUGAUCAACAGGAAGAUUUCAUCAAGAAACUGAAAGAAGAACAGAUUGUAGUUGAGAGAGAAGAGAAGGAUGACAACAUUUAUUAUGGACUGAGAGCUAACAAAGAGUUGAUGAACGCUAAACUUUGCCUCCCUAAAGACUCUUCCAUGAACAAGAGUGACGAUGUGGAGAGCAAACGUCCAGUAACCAGGAUCAUAAUUGUUGAAUCCAUUCUCAAAGAUACAAAGAUAGACACAGGAGAUGAUCUUGAGGAUCUGAUUAAGAAAGGCGUGUUUGAAAUCAAGUUCUGCUUGAAUAAGGAAGAGCGCAAGAAUAAAAAGAAGUGGGCUAAGCGUUUCCUCAAUGAAAUGGCUCAGUGGAACGACUUCGUUCUUGUGGGUGAAAAGGACUUAAAGGAUGAACAGAGACAUUUUACCAGUGAGCUGAUAUGGAGGAAAAAUAUUAAAGUUGAGGAAGCUGAGCUUGAUGGCAAAAUGUUUUAUGGCCUGCGAGCUUCAGAAAAGGCGUUGAAGGAGAAUCAGUGCCUCUCCAAAGAGCGUGGCACGAGCCAGAGUGACGAUGUGGAGAGCAAAAGUCAGGCAAUAAGGAUCAGAUUAGUUAAUUUCAUUCUUAAUGAGACAAAGACACUCACAGGAGAUGAUCUUGAGGAUCUGAUGGAGAAAGGCGUGUUUGAAAUCAAGUUCUGCUUGAAUGAGGCUCUCCUGAUGGAUUAUUACUACAUUCUUGUGGGCAAAAAGGAGAAAAAGGAGAAACAGAAGGAUUUCAUCAAGAAACUGGAAGAAAAAAACAUUAAAGUUAAGCCGUAUGAGCAGAAGACAGAGGAUGGAGAAAACAUUUUUUAUGGCCUGCGAGCUGAAGAAAAGGUGUUCAAGAAAUAUCAGUACCUGCUAAGAGUCUCCGACACCUGCAACAAUGAUGACUCCAUAAUGAGCGUCAGCCUGGCAACCAGGAUCAGGAUUGUUCAUUUCAUUCUCAAUGAGACAAAGAUAAACACAGGAGAAGGUCUGAAGGAUCUGAUGGAUAAAGGCGUGUUUGAAAAACACUUCUGCUUGCCCGAGGAAAAUCAUCAGGAGGAGCUAAAGGAUUGGGUGAAUUGGAAGAAACCUUUCUAUAAACAACCGUUCAAAAAGAUCCGGAAACACUUUGGGGAGAAGGUGGCCCUGUAUUACCUGUGGCAGAGCUGGUACACCACUUUUCUGAUUCCAGCUGCUGUUUUGGGCCUUCUGGUGUUCCUGUGUGGCAUGGCAUUUUUUGACAACAACCCUCUCAUUGAGGAGGUUUGUGACUCCAACAUCACCAUGUGUCCUCGUUGUGAGAAAACAUGUCCUUUAUGGAACCUGAAGGACACUUGCACCUAUGCAAAGAUCAGCUAUUUGUUUGACAAUUCAGCCACAGUGGCUUUUUCCCUUUUCAUGGCCUUCUGGGCCACUACAUUACUGGAGCUUUGGAAGAGAUACCGGGCAAAGCAAGUGUCCAAAUGGGAAGUUUACGACUGGAAUGAGGAAGAGGAGGAACUCGUUUUGGAGCUCGUUAAUGAUCCAGACUGCAAACCCAAAAAGCGCUAUUAUUCCUUUGGAUGGCACAUGGUGCUCCUGGCCGGGGUUACUGUCAUGAUGCUGUUGAUCAUUGGACUUGUUCCUGCUUUUGUGGUGUUUCGAGUCACGGUCCGUCCCCAGCUGCUUGAAAGUACGUGGCAAUUCAUAAAAGAGAACGCCAACACCUUGGUUUCAAUCUUUGGAGCUGUGCUGCACACCAUCGCCAUCCAGAUCAUGAAUAGGGUCAACAGAUUGGUGUCACUAAAACUGUCUGAAUUAGACAAAUCAAAGUCCCGUUCUGACAGAGAGAAAACCUUCACCAUCAUAAUGUUCACCUUCCAGUUCUUCACCAUGUUCUCCUCUCUCUUCUACAUUGCCUUCUUCCUCGGCAGGAUAAAUGGCUAUCCUGGAAACUAUUCCCGCAUCGCUGGAUACAGACUGGAGGAGUGCCACCCCAGCGGCUGUUUGUCAGAUCUCUUCAUCCAGAUGAGUGUCAUCAUGACCCUAUCACAGUUUAUCCGCAAUAUUUCUGAGGUCACCAUCCCCUGGUUGAACAACCAGUGGAAAGAAAAGACAACAAAGGAAAUAAAUUGUUUUUGUAAAAUCUCCAUUCCCUGGCCAAAGAACUGCUGUGGAAAGGGCAAAAAAGUACCAAAAGAUAAACAUCAGGAUUGUUGGAAGGAGCGAUGUGAUGACUGCUUGGGAAAAUAUUGGAAGAAAAACUACGAGCUGACUGACACGGAUGAAUACAGUCUGUUCUAUGAGAUCCUGAAGAUGGUGAUUCAGUUCAGUUUCACCACCUUAUUUGUGGCUGCGUUCCCUCUUGCACCCUUGAUGGCUUUGAUCAACAACGUUGGUGCAAUCCGUCUGGCUGCCAUCAGGAUGGUCCGGCUCCAAAAACUCCUGAUUCCAAAAAAGACCAACAGCAUUGGUGUUUGGACAAAUGUCCUGGAGGCUAUUGGAGUAUUGGCAGUGAUUACCAAUGGUUUGGUUAUUGGAGUCACAUCUAAUUUUAUUCCUCGCCUCGUCUACCGUUACGGGUACGGCCCGUGCGCCAGAAAUUUGACAGGCACACACUGCAUGAGUGGUUACAUUAACAGCACUCUGACGACGGCCUACCUGCAUUACAACAAAACAGAUGACUUUGUUCGUCCGAAGGAAAGACAUUUCUUCAAUGUGACUGAGUGCAGUUUUAGAGACUUUAGAAAUCCAGACGACCACUCUGUGACAAGUCAGUACUGGUGGGUGCUGGCAGCGCGUUUUAUCUUCAUCAUCGCCUUUGAGCAUCUUCUGCUGAUGUUCAAGGCUGUAGCAGCCUGGUUUGUUCCCAGUGAAUCCAUGAGUGUGAAGAAUGAUCGGCUGGAAAGCAAGCUGGGUCGACUCAAGAGAGAGCAGGUAAAGAAUGGAGAAAAAGUGUAACCUGCCACCGCUGAUGUCAGAUCUUCUUCUGUCCUGGGUUAUUUCAGGGGAAAUGCUGGGUUUUGUGAUUUUUUGUUUUUUUUUAUUCUUAGAUUGGGUUUGCUUUGAUUGGUUUGUAGAAAUGCAAUUAUAGUUGCAAUUUUUACUAUUUUAUAUAUGUUUUUGUUUUUGGCUGUGGGACAAUUUAUAAAAACUUCGUUUUUUUUUACUGAAAUAUAAGAAAACCAAAAUGUGUGCAUGUUAAAAUUGCUGUCAACACUGAAAGAUAUGAGGGAUAAUUAGACUGAUGAGAAAAUAUUCUAGUCAUCAGAGAGAAUCCCGUCCUUAUCCCCAGUGUUAGACAUGCAGGGUGUAGGAGGAAACAUUUUCUGGGAAAUUAUUCACUGAAACAUUUGGUCUGAUGUUUAAUUUUUUUCUGUCUUUUGAAUAAAUGCUGUAUGACAUCUGUUGUCGUCUUUGUGGUCUGAAAUAUGCUUUCAUUAAAAGGGUUAAAUAAG